CGCUGUUCCCCGAGCUUCAACUCGAACUUCACAGAUGGCAGCUACAAAAAAAGCUGCAGAGUCGACUCUCUAUCAUGUUCAUCCGAAGGGUUUUUGGAAGAAAUUCCGCGACGCUGUGGUCAUUAAUCCUGAAAUCUCGAGUGGUAUUCCAUUAGCAGGAAUAUACAGAUGGCCGCAGCCUGGUUCCAGACCGGAGAAAUACGCAGCCCCGGCAACCAAAGCUUCCGACCCCGCCCAGAACCCGUACUGGAAGAGAGAUGUUCGAAGGGCAUAUCCCCAGCUUUCUGUGGUCACGCAGCCCGACCUAUCGUCACUUCUCAUUCAACACUCUGAAGCCCAGGCAAUUCCUGCACCAUCAGAAGCCAAAGAAGGAGAUAAAUCGGAUGUCCCCACAAAGACCCAGGAGACCAUGGAUUUGACAGGUGCCAUUGCUGCAAUCACAUCUGUGCACAAGGUGUACGACCAGUCAAAGCUCCCCCCGAAGGUGCCCACACCCUUCAAGAAGUGGAGAGCCGAGCUCGCACCAGACGCCCCUCAUGAUCCCAAUGCUUAUUUUCCAAUGUUGCUAUACAAGUAGUCGACUUUUGCAUUACACUCGAGGAUUUUCUCCCUUCUCAUUGUUGGCGAUAAAUCCAGAUAUAACCAUCAUAUCUUCCGCGCUACGGAUAAUGAUUCAGCAAGUGGAGAUGCUUUCAAUGUGAAUAGGCACCCCCCUCUGUAUAGCGUAUACAGGAGUUUCUU